UUGCCUCUGCUUUGCCUUGACCCUGACGCUCGUUUGUCCUGUCCGUUUUGUUGGUGUUCGCGCCCGUUUCUCGGACGCACCGGUCUUCAUCAUGAAGGCCUCACCAUCAAGGACGGUCUUUUCGUCCCUCCUCAUAUCAUCCCUCCCACUCUCGCUUGCCCAGCUCACCAUUCCCGAGGAACUUCCAGGCGCCUGGGGCUAUGAAGGAUGCUACACCGACGUGCCCGGCCGGACUAUCAAUGGCGCCUCGUAUGCCGAUGGCGAGGAGAUGACGACCGAGUCCUGCCUGGAGUUUUGCGCUUCCAAGGGUUUCCCGUACGCCGGCACAGAGUACUCGGCAGAAUGCUUCUGCGGCAGCAGCCUUGCUGCCGACACCGCCAAGGUUGCUGACUCGACCUGCAACAUGGCUUGCUCGGGAGAUGCCACCCAGCCCUGCGGAGCCGGGGGCCACCUCUCGCUCUUCCACACCACCGAGGUAACCGGACCGGCAGCGAACCCGGGUGUCAACGACUACAACCACAUGGGUUGCUACAGCGAGGGAACGACCGGCCGUGCGCUUACCUAUGGCGCCGGCCUCCCGGGUGCUGACAUGACCGUUGCCAAGUGCACGGCUGCCUGCCGCGCAGCCAACUACAUUCUCGCCGGUCUUGAGUUUGGCGGAGAAUGCUAUUGCGGCAACAGUAUCGCGAACGGCGCUGCUCCGGCUACGAGCGGUUGCAAUAUGGUCUGCAAUGGCGACAGCAGCGAAUUCUGUGGUGGCCCAGACCGGCUCAAUGUGUACAACUACCAGGACCAAUACAACCCGACCGCGACCUCAGCACCUCCUCCGGCUCCUACUGGCGGCGGCACCAACCCUGGUCCGGCGGCCGGCCCGACUCAACCGGAGACGAUUGCCAACUACGAAUGGUACGGAUGCCAGACCGAGGCCACGGGCACGCGCGCCCUGAGUGCUGCCACCUUCGCUUCCGACGAGAUGACGCUCGAGGCCUGCCAGGCGUACUGCUCCGCUUAUACCUACUUUGGCGUCGAGUACGGUCGCGAAUGCUACUGCGGUAACAGCCUCAACGCCGGUUCCGUUCCCGCCCCUGCGGGAGACUGCAGCAUGACCUGCCCGGGCGAUGCCGAGCAGUACUGUGGUGCCGGUAACCGCUUGUCCGUAUAUGCCAGGGACGGCACACCACCGCCUCCGAGCUCAACCACACCCGCCGGGCCCACGUCGAGCUCCCCGCCUCCCGUCGUUACCGGUCUUCCUGAGGGAUGGUCUUACCAAGGGUGCUGGAUCGAUGGUCAGCAAGGCCGUAUCCUCCCGAACCAGGUCCCCGACAUCCAAACCAACACCCAGGCAGCUUGCGCCAACGCUUGCGCUGCGGCGGGCUACACUAUUUCCGGCGCCGAGUACGGGGUUCAGUGCUUCUGCGGCAACGCCAUCCACAACGGCGGUGUCGAGACUGACGAGUCAGAUUGCAGCACGCCUUGCCCCGGCGACCCGGCCCAGAAGUGCGGUGCUGGUGACCGCCUGAGCAUCGUCUCCAACGGCACCCCCGAAAUUUACGCUCCUCCGGCUCCGCAGCCGAGCGUCGGCGACUGGACCUACCAGGGCUGCGCCGAGGAUAACAUCAACAACAAGCGCACUUUUUACUGGCAGGUGUUUUUCCCUGGUGUUAUGACGCCCAAGAUGUGCCUGGACCGAUGUGCCGAGUUCGGUUAUCACGCCGCCGGCCUCGAGUACGGUGAGGAAUGUUACUGCGGCGACCCGGCCAACAUGGCCACCAGCGGCUCCACCUUCCGCCCGGAGACCGAGUGCGCCGUCCCCUGCGUCGGCAACGCAUCGGCCAUCUGUGGUGGCCUCGCCCGCCUCACGACUUACUUCUGGACCGGCACUCCGUUCUACACGUGGGACUUCCCGACGGACUACCGCGCGGGCGAGUAUCAGUUCCUGAUCGACGGUGUCAACAUCCCGCUCAUUACUCAGGAGACCAUCACCGGCAAGGUUUCGUUCAUUUCCAAGGGCGCGACAGGCCCCGGAAACGAGACCGGUGCCUAUGAGCUUGAUCUCUCCACGCUCACUUUCCGCACGCUUCACAUCAAGACCGACGUCUUUUGCGCCGCCGGUGUGACCUUGCCCGACAAGGGUGGUCGCCAGCUCAACAUUGGUGGCUGGGCUGGUGAUGCGACCUACGGUACCCGCCUGUACUGGCCCGAUGGCGAGCCCGGAAUCCCCGGAACCCACGACUGGGAGGAGAACGUCAACGUGCUCAAGCUCCAAGCCGGUCGUUGGUAUCCUAGUGCUAUGAUCAUGGCCAACGGUUCCGUCAUGGUCAUCGGCGGCUCCAUCGGUUCCAAUGACGCUGCUACCCCCUCGAUCGAGGUUCUUCCCUACACCGGACAGGCACCGCUCUACAUGGACUGGCUGGACCGCACCCACCCCAACAACCUGUACCCCUUCCUCUGCGUUCUGCCCGGCGGCGGCAUCUUUGUCCAGUACUGGAACGAGGCAAGAAUCCUUGACCCCGUCACCUUUGAUACCAUCCAGGAGCUCCCCAACGCGCCCGGCGCCGUCAACGAUCCCAAGGGUGGCCGCACGUAUCCCCUCGAGGGCGCCGCCGUGCUCCUGCCCCAGAAGUACCCCUACACCGACCCUCUCGGUUUCCUAGCCUGUGGUGGCUCGACCGAGGGCCCCGGCCAUGCCCUCGACAACUGCGUGUCCAUCUACCCCGAGGCGGCCAACCCCACGUGGGAGAUCGAGCGUCUGCCGUCGUUCCGCGUCAUGUCCUGCAUGGCCCCGCUGCCGGACGGCACCUACCUGAUCGCCAACGGCGCACUCCACGGUGUGGCCGGCUUCGGUCUCGGCGUCGGCCCCAACCUCAACGCGCUCCUCUACGACCCGGAGAAGCCGCUCGGCUCGCGCAUCACAGUGGCGGCCAACACGACAAUCGCGCGCAUGUACCACUCCGAGGCGAUCACGCUCCUCGACGGCCGCGUCCUCAUCUCGGGCUCCAACCCGGAGGACGGCGUCAACCCGGAGGAGUACCGGGUCGAGGUGUUCAUGCCGCCGUACCUGCUCAACGGCAAGCCGCGGCCGACCUUCAGCAUCGCCAACAAGGACUGGGCGUGGGGCCAGACGGGGAUCCCCUUCACGCUGGGGGCGGCGGCGCGCAACGGCGCCAUCACCGCCACCCUGCUGGGCUCCGUCUCCAGCACGCACGGCAACUCGAUGGGCGCGCGCACCCUCCUGCCCCGCGUCAGCUGCACCGGCACCGCCUGCACCGUCGACGCGCCCACCACGGCCAACGUCUGCCCGCCCGGCUGGUACCAGCUCUUCGUGCUCGACGGCGGCGUGCCCGCCGUCGGCGUCUACGUGCGCAUCGGCGGCGACCCGGGCCAGAUCGGCAACUGGCCGCAGGGCCCCGACUUUACUACCCCGGGUGUCUGAGGGCGGAGGGAGGAGACGGAAAUGAUGGGUUUUUCUUGUGGACUCUCUACGUCUCGCGCCGUGAUGAU